AGCGCCCGUAUCCCGUAGUUCAUCACGGUCGACCUUUAUAGAAGAAGGAAAACAAUAGUUCCUUCUCAAAGAAGUAUUCCUUAGCUCGCAAAAGUUGGCGACUGGUCAAACCUGAGCGUUGAGCGCUGUCCACUAUGACAGGCAUUGGUCCUGCACCUAUCCUCUUCAAUGAAUUUUUUCAGAUGUUCAUGAGGUGCAUGCCUCCAAAUGGGUGGCCAGUGAACUCCAAGAUCGCUGUUGGCAACUCGGGAGGACCAGAUUCCACCUGCUUGUUGUUCCUCCUCAAAAAGUUGCUGGCUGACCUGCGCUCAAAAGCCAUGGCGGGACAAUCCAUCCCGACCUCAGUUGUUUCCCUCUCUGUCAACCAUAACCUCCAAGACACUUCACGAUCGAUGGCAGCUCGUUCUGCAGCGAACGCAGCAGCCAUGGGGGUUGAACAUCUGACACUUGACAUACCUUGGGGAACACCACCGUUUUCUGCGAAACCUGUCGCUGGUCAGCCGAUGGAGCAAGUCGCGCGAGAAGCACGGUAUCAUGUUAUAUUCGAUGGGAUGGUGCGCACUGGUGCACACUCGGUCGCGUUUGGACAUCAUGCCGACGACCAAGUAGAGACUUCAUUAAUGCGUCUUGCAAGGGGAACGACCGAACUUGGUGCAGGAGGCAUGCGACGAUGCCGCAGAUGGGGUAUGGGUACUGGUGAUGUGGAAGGUGGACUUGGGUGGGUUGGUCACCAUGGAUUGAACCGUUGGAUUAUGAGACCUCUUCUCGAGGUCAGGAAGGAUAGGAUCCUUGCUACAUGUGAAGAACACAGGCUCGAUUACGUGAAUGACCCGACAAACUUCCAGCCCGAGAUCACUUUAAGAAAUGCGAUCAGGCAAAUGCUAACUCUGCAGGAAGAGGGCAAAGAUAUGUCUGCACUUUCUGGGCUACCACAACAUAUUUCUGGUUCCCUUGAAAAGAUAAAGAUAGCUGCAGCUGACCUCCAGGAAACCACAAUGGAUCUCGAAGGUGGAUUGCAUCAGCUUCAUGGGUCAGUAAAGGUUCUUUCGUCGCGACUCGAGGACGUUGAUAAUGAGGUCACGUUCCACCUUAAAAACCUGACUCUCCCUUCUCCUCCGAGCACUCUCAUCCUCUCCUCGCACGCGCUGCCUGCUAUCGUGGAUCCAAUCGUUCGUCUUGCUUUCGUCCUUCGGGUCAUGCGUUAUGUAUCAUUCCAUCCAUGGGGAUCUCUCCGUGCGGACGGCAACCGACGCAGAACUAGCAUACAACGCAUCAUCGAUACUCUCUGGCAGUCUGAUGGUGCCCCAUCAUUCACUGCAGGUGGUGGAGUACUUUGGCAGCCUGCAAUAUUCAGCGCUAAGAGGCGACUCCGAGUGGGCACCCAGUGUCUUGGUCGCCAAUUACAACCAGGCGAGAGAUUUGCCUGGAUGGCAUCUAGACUGCCUGCCGUUCCCUACCACAUAUUGGACACUGCAACAUUAUCUUCAAAGUUGGAUGUCGAUAUCACGGAACGCCUCGCAAUCGCCAUGAGUCGCGGCGACGACUCUUUGGAGGUCCUCUUUGACUGCCGUUUCCUUGUACGCUUUGAUCUGUCACAGAUUCCAGAAAAACUGGUCGGAGCUCUACGAAAAUACGGGGAAACAGGGGUGAACGUGCGAAUUAAGCCUCACACAAAGUAUUAUUGGCCCAAGGUUGUGUUGCGAAAGCCUUCUUAUCCAGAUACCACAUAUGCUACACUGAUGGACAACGGACAGAUAGACACAUUCGGGCACGCGCCUUGGGUAACCAUGAAAUACAUAAGGCUGCUGGACGCGACUUAACAUGUAAUUUAUAUCUUUACGCAUACAUUACGAUACACCGCAACGGUGCCGAAUCGUCAUCACAGCCGAGCCUUCUCCCUGCAUCUAGCCUGCAAAAACACUUCGAAAACGCCAUACCAAACCUGGGGAUCAAAGUACUCGAUCCAAUCGUGACCGAAACGAAAAGUCGGUACCGAGCCUGGCGCAUCUCCUACCGGCACCACACGCGCCCAUGGAAUAAGCCUCAAAAAGCCUUGAACAUUGGAGAAAGGCAGGAUCUGAUCAAGUUCACCGUGGAUGAUCAUGAAUUGAGUGUCCGGCGACAGACGAGAAUGAAACCCAGUAAAAUCAUAUUGAGAGGCUGCUCGUUUUUGCUGUACUGUGACUGGAUAAACUUUGCGCUAAGGCGACUCGGAGAAGGAUACCUACAUAUGGUCCUGAAUGGCCUGACUCGUAUUGGUCAGCACUGAGCAUCUCAAAUAAAGGCAAGAGCACGACCUGCCAAUCAACCCGCGAUCUA